AGGGCAUCUGCUGCCUGCCAGGAACAAACUGAGGCACCUUUGUACAACGCACAGGAAACUGAGUUUAUCUCCUGCUGUCCUGUCUAGGUUCCAGUUGUAUUUCUGGGGCUGAACUACUACCUGCCCCGCUAAUCAUUUUGGUACCAUUAACCAAAAACGCUUUCCAACCAGGGGAAGACGGACACAACUCUGACAGGAUUGAAAGGGGUUGUGUCGAACCAUGGCAUUCAGCAAAGGUUAUCGUAUUUAUCAUAAACUGGAUCCACCUCCAUAUAGUGUUAUUGUGGAGACCAGAAAUCGAGAGGAAUGCCUGAUGUUCGAGUCGGGAGCUGUUGCUGUACUGUCGGCAGCAGAGAAGGAAACCAUCAAAACAGCAUACACCAAGAUGUUGGAUGCUUAUGGGAUCCUGGGAGUUCUUCGUCUUAACCUUGGGGAUUCUAUGCUACACAGCCUGGUGGUCGCAACAGGAUGCAGUUCAGUAGGCAAAGUCCAGGAUUCUGAAGUCUUUCGGGUAACUGGCACCGACUUUGUGUCUCUGAAGAAUGACCCCUCGGAUGAGGACCGGAUCGCUGAUGUGAGGAAAGUCUUAAACUCGGGGAACUUCUAUUUUGCCUGGUCCUCCACCGGAGGGAGUCUGGACCUCAGCUUGAACGCACACCGUAGAAUCAGAGAAGACAUAUCGGACAAUCGAUUUUUCUGGAAUCAGUCCCUGCAUCUCCAUCUCAAGCAUUAUGGGGUGAAUUGUGACGAUUGGCUGCUGAGGUUGAUGUGUGGUGGAGUGGAGAUCCGCACCGUCUAUGCUGGACACAAGCAGGCCAAAGCUUGUGUGAUCUCGCGGCUCAGCUCGGAGAGAGCAGGCACACGUUUCAAUGUCCGAGGCACAAAUGACGACGGGCAGGUUGCCAACUUUGUGGAGACUGAGCAGGUUAUUUUUCUUGAUGACAAAGUGUCCUCCUUCAUUCAGAUAAGAGGCUCAAUACCUCUAUUUUGGGAGCAGCCAGGUAUUCAGGUUGGUUCCCAUCGUGUAAAGCUGUCCCGUGGUUUUGAAGCAAACGCACCAGCUUUUGAGAGGCACUUUAGUGCUCUGAGGAGGCUGUAUGGCAAACAGGUGAUCAUCAACUUGCUGGGUAUGAAGGAGGGGGAAAACAUGCUCAGCAAAGCAUUCCAGAGUCACCUGAAAGCUUCAGAACAUGCGAACGCUGUGAAAAUGUUGAACUUUGACUAUCAUCAGAUGGUUAGAGGUGGGAAGACUGACAAGCUUAACACUGUUCUGAAACCUCAGAUCAGCAAGUUUCUGGAGGAAUGUGGUUUCUUCUACUACUCAGGGGAAGCCGGCAUUCGGAGAUGUCAAACUGGGACCAUUCGUUCCAAUUGUCUGGACUGCUUGGACAGGACUAACAGUGUCCAGGCCUUCAUUGCACUUGAGAUGCUUCCAAAACAGUUGGAGGACAUGGGUCUGACUGAGAAGCCUCAGCUGGUAGCACGCUUUCAGGAGGUCUUCCGCUCUAUGUGGUCCACCAAUGGAGACUCAGUCAGCAAGAUUUACGCAGGCACUGGUGCUCUGGAUGGCAAGGCUAAAGGUGGAAAGCUGAAAGACGGAGCUCGCUCAGUCACCAGAACCAUCCAGAACAACUUCUUUGACAGCUCAAAACAGGAAGCCAUUGACAUCCUGAGACUAGGCAGCACUCUCAACAGUGACUUGGCAGAUAAAGCACGAGCCCUCCUCACCACCAGCAGCCUUUAUGUCUCUGAGCCCAUUUUACAGUCAGCUUCACCCAGAGUUCUGCUGGGCAUGUGUCAGAACCAUUACAAGUACACACGGCCCAAGAAGAUCAGAGUGUGUGUGGGGACUUGGAACGUGAACGGAGGCAAACAGUUCCGGAGCAUUGCAUUUCGUAACCACACUCUCAAUGACUGGCUACUGGAUGCACCUAAGAAGGCUGGCCACCCAGAAUUCCAGGACAGUAAAUCCAACCCUGUGGACAUCUUUGCCAUUGGCUUUGAGGAAAUGGUGGAGCUGAAUGCUGGCAAUAUCGUCAGCGCGAGCACCACUAAUCAGAAGCUGUGGGCUGCAGAACUGCAGAAGAACAUCUCAAGAGAUCAGAGAUAUGUGCUGCUGGCUUCUGAGCAGUUGGUGGGGGUGUGUCUGUUUGUCUUCAUACGGCCUCAGCAUGCACCUUUCAUCAGGGAUGUUGCUGUCGAUACAGUAAAGACUGGAAUGGGCGGAGCCACUGGUAAUAAAGGAGGUGUGGCCAUUCGCAUGCUCUUCCACACCACCAGCAUCUGCUUUGUGUGCUCACACUUUGCCGCCGGCCAAUCACAGGUCAAAGAGAGGAACGACGACUAUAACGAAAUUGCACGCAAACUCUCCUUCCCCAUGGGUCGUCUGCUAUACUCCCAUGAUUAUGUGUUCUGGUGUGGAGAUUUUAAUUACCGGAUAAAUCUGCCCAAUGAAGAGGUGAAAGAACUGGUCAGACAGCAGAACUGGGAUGCACUGAUCGCUGGAGAUCAACUGGUGGAACAGAAGAAUGCUGGACAGAUUUUCAAGGGCUUCAUUGAAGGAAAGCUGGAUUUCGCCCCCACCUACAAAUAUGACCUGUUUUCAGAGGACUACGACACCAGUGAGAAGUGCCGCACGCCAGCCUGGACCGACCGUGUGCUCUGGAAGAGACGAAAGUGGAACUUUGAUAAAACUGCUGAAGAGUUGGAGUUGAAUGUAGUUGGAGCCCCAGUGAAUGAAGAAGAUCAUUACCCAUGGAGCCCUGGAGAGCUCAAGUACUACGACAGAGCAGAACUGAAGACCUCUGAUCAUAGGCCUGUAGUGGCCAUCAUCGAUGUGGACAUACUGGAGGUGGAUCCAGAGGCCAGACAUCAGGUGUAUAAGGACGUGAUCGGCCUGCAGGGUCCACCUGAUGGCACCAUCCUUGUCUCGCUCUGCUCGUCUGGUCCUGAUGACUUCUUUGAUGAUGCUUUGAUUGACGAACUACUGGAUAAGUUUGCCAACUUUGGUGAGGUUAUUCUUAUCAGGUUUGUUGAGGAAAAAAUGUGGGUGACGUUUUUGGAGGGCUACUCAGCUCUAGCUGCUCUCUCCUUGAGUGCCUCCACUGUAAGUGGAAAGACCAUAGACAUCCGUUUGAGGAGUCCUGGCUGGAUAAAGAGUCUAGAGGAGGAAAUGAGUGUGGAGAGAAUCUGCGGGAGCAUCCCAACUUCCACCAGCUCCACUUUGCUGGCAGAGAACUCAGACAUGGGAGAAGAGUAUGAUAUGGAAGGUGAUGUGGACGAGGAGGUUGAGGAUAUCUUACCCCAGCACCUGCAGCCUGGAGCGGGCAUGGAUCUAGGUGCAUCCCCCGCCGCUUCCCCACGCAGCAGCCCCUGCCCCUCUCCUACCCACGGAGAGUCCCUACCCCCUAUCCGGCCCAACAGAGCCCCUCCACGCACUGCUGGACCACCACAGGGAGGAUUAAGUCCAGCAACCAGUAGAAGGGAACUUGCAGGUUUUCCUGUUGAUGGUCAGCCAGCUGGAGCUCCCUCGUCUCAGGGACUAGAGCCAAAACGGCCCCCUCCACCACGCCCUAAUGCCCCACCAGCUCGACCUGCACCACCACAGCGCCCACCACCACCCUCAGAAUUCACUGAGCCUCUCAAUCUAGACUUUCAUCUGACUGAUUAUGAAGGCCGAGGUCAGGCCACUGGAUCAGCCCCUGGAGGUGCUUCAAGGCCGAUCCCACCCAGAGCAGGAGUCAUCAGCGUCCCUCCUCAAGCCAGACCUCCCCCUCCUGCUCAUCCUGGGGCCCCCAGACCCAUAGCAGAGGUGCAUCCUGGAGCCCCUCGACCCUCACCUGAUAAUCACCCUGGAGCACCACGACCCUUUUCUGAACCCCAAAGCAAACCAUCUAAUCUGCCUCUGGGUCCACCUCCCACACUGCCAGGUCCCUUGAGACCUCAGAUGACAUCACCCAUGCAACCAACGACUGUAUCUCCAGUGCAGCCUCCGGUCCAACCGCAACUGCCCCCAACCAUACAAUCUCAGCUUCCUGCACCAAUGCAGCCCACCUUUCCCGCCCCUCUGGUGCCUCAGCCGGCCGCCGUGGCCCCCCAGGCACCUUCAGCGGGAGCUUCUGCCACCCCUCAGCCUGGACUGGCCUCUCCCAAGCCUCCACCCCGGAGUCGGUCGUCCCAUGCACUGCCACCUGAGCCUGCACCUGCUGCUGCUCCUACAUCUCAGGCCAAGGUCAUGAAUGGAGUCCAAAGAGAAGCACAAUGGAAUCUAGACCCCUUUGAUAUGCUUAACACCGAGUCCAUACUCCAGAACACAUCAUUCUCCAUGUCCCUUCCUCGCUCCUCCUCCUCUUCCUCCACCACAUCUUCCUCCUCUUCCUGUUCUACGUUACCCAGCUCCCUCUCUCUCUUCUCCUCCUUGCAAAGCCCUCCUUUAGCUCCAGACACCAGCAGUGCUCCAUGUCUUCUGCCUCCACCCUUUCCCUCCCGCAGCAGGUCCCAGGAGACUCUCCGCACAUCCCCCAAUCCAUUCCUCACCGAAGCCAAACCCAGACCCAGCAGCACCAACCCCUUCAACGGCGGCUUGCUGUCCUCACAGUGCCGAUCGCUCACACCCGAUUUCUACACCCAGCAACAGGCCCAAGCAGGCAAGCCUGGCCUGAAUAGGGCGAUGUCUGCUCUGGUUCAAAGUUCUACUCUUCCCCCUUCCUUCUCUAGGCAACAAUCUUUAGUUCCCACUGCAGCACCGGUCCCAGCCAGUCGGACCCAGAAGUGGGUUACAUUUGACGAUGAUUCAGACUUUCUCCAGUCAGGAAAGGUUCAAUCGGGGCCUCCGCUUAUUCCUGCAGCCUCAUCUCUUUCCUUCCCACAACCCCAGAGCAGCUUCUCCAGCUCAGGCUUUGACAUGGACAGCAACUGGCCGUCUCUUCCCACCUCCGCGUUCCCAGCAAUCCCCCCUCCGAUCCCAUCAAGGACUAAUACCAACAUCAAAAACCCCCACAUCCCUUCCAGAAAUGAAUUCACCGAGAGAUGAAACAGAGUAGUUUAAUGAGCCGAUAGAGCUUGUAUGUAAAAAUAUGGAGAAAAUAUUAUUGUGUAUCUAUAAUAUGUGUAUGGUUUGUAUAAAAGUGUGAUGUAUCAGAGGUGUUGACCUGUUUAUCUGAAAUGAAUUUAUUAGGCCCUCUCUUUGCCCAAAGCAGACAGCAAACUAGUAGGAUAUCAAGACAGUUCUUAGUGAAUUUGUAUGUUUUUCAGUUUUUAGAUUGGGCAGAGAGUCUGCACCUGUUGUUAUCGACAUAUUAACCUACAUAUACGCACACACGUGUGUAAAAUUUUACAGUUCAAUGGCCAGAUUUAAUAUAUUUAGAUUAAUUAUUACGAGCUUCAUAAUUGGAUAAUAAAGACUCUACAGUCUACACAUUAAAAUAUGUAUCUUACUUGCAACAAACCCCAACCCUAAUGUAAAUUAUCUGUUUCAAAUGCACAGAUUUAAAGGGAUGUGUCGAAAGUAUUUUCUGCUGUAAUCAACAUUAUGCUACAAAUGUUGUUGAUUGAGCUUAACUUGUAUUGAACCCAGAACAUUUCUUUAAAAUGCCGGGCUGUGUCCGACUUUUGGCAUUAUGGCAAAUGUUAAGUGGGCUUGACCGUGAGCCGCGGUCAGAUAUUUGUGUUGUUAAUCUCAUGAAUGUAUCUUUCACCUGCUUCUAUUGCCUAUGUUUGUAUAGCUGUUAAAAUGCAGAGUGUGUGUGUGUGUGUGUGUGUGUGUGUGUGCACAGAACAUAGAUGUAUGUUUCUGUGCUUUAGUGGAUAGUCCAAUUGUGGGUCCGAUUUUUCUGGGUGUUCACGCAAACAACCCCACCCCAACUAAUGUGCUUGGCUGUCUAAGUUGUCGAAAUAUAUCUUAUAUACAUAUUCAUAGUGAUAAUAUAUGUCUUCCUAGUGGGGAAAAAAUGUGAACUGGUUAUGAAUUGUGUUUAUAUUUGCAGCAUAUACAUGCCAUAUCUAAAGUGCACUGAAGAGCUCUGUCCUUUAGUCUUUCAAACACAGGAUGAAGCCAAAGUUUGUAAUGUUGGGGUUGUGUGGAGAGCAUAUCUGUUUUAUAGGCAUGAGGGCAUUAGUUGCCCCUCUUAUUUAUCAACCCCUUAUAUACAAAUGUGCUUUCAGUUUAUCUGAUCCAAAGCUCACAACAAAACUGCUGUAUUUAACUAAUCUGUUGUGUGAUUUAUUUGGUGGGUUCCUCCAUCGGGCUUCCUGGCUUUCUUUCGUGCAAUAGACGUGUGCUUAUUCGCUCAAUGAAAUCGUACUUCUUUUCAUUUCAAUGGGCAGGCUCUUCAUUCUCGAAAAUUCUUGAUAGAUCUAUUUAUUGUUAUGUGGAGGAAUACUGUGCUGUAUGUUGGAGUGUGCUGUCUAUUUGCGUGCACUAGCUGUUUGUGCGAGUGUGUUUGCGUUGUCAUUUGGAAGGAUUCAAAUAUCUUUGUUACGAGUCAACUGACCCCAGAGUCAUUAAAACGUUCAGUCACCACGCUGUUUAAAAGUAAUAUUCUGUAUGGUCCUUUGAAGGUUAUAACGUUUUAAGGUUUAGUAAUCUUGAGAGUGUUCUGUUGGUGAAAAGUGAGAAGAUUCUGGGGCAGUUUAGUAUGUUUCAGCUUCAUAAUUGAUUGUUUAGCAUUCCAGACUUUAAUGGUGCAUUAUGGUUGAAUGAUCAGCCCUCAGCACUGUUUGAUUUUUGUGUACCGAGUCACUUUGUUCCUCUCACAGUUUGAUGUUAUGCAGGUUUUAUCACUGUGCCUAAAGGGCAUAAUGAACUAAUUUAUUCUGGGCUAAAGUUUGGGUGUUUCAGGAAAGUAGUGGCAACAGUAUUUUACUUGUACUUUUAUUCCUUGUUUACAUUUAGGUCAAAUUUAACAUCAGUUUAUUUGUUCAGAUGUGCACCCGGGAAGUGUUGAGCAACAAACUUUGAAUUUUGACUUUAAUUUUGAAAAUCAUUAUAGAUUUAUCUUUGAUUAUCGCAGCACUGAAAUGGUUGGGUACACGGUCUCUCUUUGGGAUUUGGUUGUGAAAGGGGUCAGAAGAAUGCCAGCUGGUAAGGUUGUGUAUUAAUGCUAUGAGUUAACCAUUGCAAAAUGCAUUCCAAAGCACUAACUGUGAACAUCUCCAGAAUACAGACAGGUAUCAGGCCAUGGAUAAUAUAUCUUUUUUUCUUUUGAAGACUGAUAAGCGCUAUAUAACCACUUAAAAAAUAAAGGCAUUAAAUGUAAUAUGUUCAGGUGUUCUGUAUGUAAUGAAAGCAUCUGACACUAGCCAGUGCUAGUUAUUAAUGUGGAGAAAGGUUUUAUGGGAAUUAAUUAACUCCUUUUGUGAAGUUAACAUUCCUUUGUAGCUUUUAGCACAGCAGUGAUCAGAAAUCUGUGGUAGUAACCUUAUAUGUAUGUAUACACAAACCACAAAACUGCAAUUCAGUAAUUUAAGUGCAUACCAAAGUGCACAUUUAUGUAUGGAGCAAUUGAUGUUGUAUGUAUGCAAUAAUAAAUGUAAUUCAACGUGGAAAAUGA